UACACCCACUGUUCGCUCUUAAGUUCUGCCACUUCCUGCUGCUACACACCUUAUUAUCUCAUCUUCAUGCCCUAAUAAUUAAAUUAAAACGUGCUCCCAGCGUUUAUGAAGCAAUUUACUGUAAAAAUAGUGGUUAAAUAGCCAAUUAGGAGACAUGUUGCUUAAGGGCAGCUUUAGUGCAGUUGCUACACUUAGCGUGCUAGCUAGCUAGCGAGCUGUGAAAAUAAUAAUUUUUUGGUGCUUGUCCUUGUUACAUCUCUCCCCAAACAUCUCUUCUUUCUGCUGGGAUUCAGAGGAAAAUCUUCUCUUUCUCUUCACCAACUCUGGUCGUUUGGCUCCGGGCGGAACGUAACUGCCGCGUCCUAUAACAACGCCACCAGAGAGUCGCUGAAGUUAUUCGGCGCUCGACCUUCCCGUGGAUCACCGCGCUCGCCGCUCCACUUCCCCCGACGCGUGACGCCACACCUGGCAACUUUGUCCCCUGCUGCUGCUGCUGUCUCUGCUUUUCAGCUUGUCCUUUUUAAUGAUGUGAGACUCAUGGCUGGUGGAGGACUGAGCCCUGAACAUCCAACAUCCACUCUGACGUUUUCUGGAUUCUUUCAAGUCUUUACAUUAACGUUCCACACUGAGGAGAAUCAGACACAUCCAUCACUCUGUGGAUUCGACAUUAAUCUACACCAGUAAAUGUGCUGCUGCUGUUUUUGAGAUUUCCACAGUGAACUUGAUUCCAGGAGAAGAAAAUGCUGCGUUCUCUGGCUCAUAUUCUGUGCAGAUGAUGUAGUGAAUCUCAUAAACCCUGAGGGUUGUCUGUAGUUGCGAUGGCCGCCAUCUCUGCAGAGAAGGAGCAGCCCCUGCUGCAUCGGCAGGAGGUGGACUCCAGCCGAGUCCGGAGCUGCGUCCUCUCCCCGAUCCUCGGCUCGUCCUCUCCCGCUCUGUCCAUCGACACCAGCCAGCCCAUCUGCAUCCCGUCGCCUUACACCGACCUCGGCCACGACUUCCCCACCAUCCCGUUCUACAGCCCCACAAUCUACAGCUAUGCCAGUCCCGGCAUUCCGGACUGUCCCUCCGUCCACCAGUCACUGAGUCCGUCCUUAUUCUGGCCCGGGCACGGACACAUGGGUCCGACCGUGCCGCUGCACCGCUCCCAGGCCCGACUUCAGCACAGCCAGCCAAUCCAGAGUCAGUGGGUGGAGUUGACGCCUCGGGACAGCGUCUUAAUGAGCAGCAAGAGUGUGAGGAGGCGUUCCCAGGAGAGCGAUGAGGGCGUGGUGUCGUCCGCCGUCAAAGCGGACCACCACUACUGCGCCGUGUGUCACGACUACGCCUCGGGAUACCAUUACGGAGUGUGGUCGUGUGAGGGCUGCAAGGCCUUUUUCAAGAGGAGCAUCCAAGGACACAAUGACUACAUCUGUCCAGCAACGAAUCAGUGCACUAUAGACAAGAAUCGUCGCAAGAGCUGCCAGGCCUGUCGCCUCCGAAAGUGCUAUGAAGUUGGAAUGACCAAGUGUGGUAUGAGGAAAGAGCACGGGAGCUACAGGAACCCCAAGACGAGGCGACUGACCCGUCUGUCCACGCAGGGCAGGGUGAACGGACCAAAGGUUCUGACCGGACCCGCCGCGGGUCUGACGAGCGAGCCGCAGCCUCCCGCCGCGCUGACGCCCGAGCAGCUGAUCGAGCGCAUCAUGGAGGCGGAGCCGCCGGACAUAUACCUCAUGAAGGACACGAGUGGACCGCUGACCGAGGCCAACGUCAUGAUGUCGCUCACCAACCUGGCCGAUAAGGAGCUGGUCCACAUGAUCAGCUGGGCCAAGAAGAUCCCUGGUUUUGUGGAGCUCAGCCUCUUGGACCAGGUCCAUCUGCUGGAGUGCUGCUGGCUGGAGGUUCUGAUGAUGGGACUGAUGUGGAGGUCAGUGGAUCAUCCAGGGAAACUCAUCUUCUCCCCUGACCUCAGCCUCAGCAGAGAAGAGGGCAACUGUGUGCAGGGCUUCGUGGAGAUCUUCGACAUGCUCAUCGCUGCCACGUCCAGAGUCAGAGAGCUCAAGCUGCAGAGGGAGGAGUACGUCUGCCUCAAGGCCAUGAUCCUCCUCAACUCCAACAUGUGCCUCAGCUCGGCAGACGGCAGCGAGGAGCUGCAGAGUCGCUCCAAGCUGCUGCAUCUUCUGGACGCCGUGACGGACGCUCUGGUGUGGGCCAUCGCCAAGACCGGCCUCACCUUCCGCCAGCAGUACACUCGCCUCGCUCACCUGCUCAUGCUGCUCUCACACAUCCGCCAUGUCAGCAACAAAGGCAUGGACCACCUGCACUGCAUGAAGAUGAAGAACAUGGUUCCUCUGUACGACCUGUUGCUGGAGAUGCUCGACGCCCACAUCAUGCACAGCUCCCGUCUGCCUCGCUGCGCCACAGCCUCCACCACCACCACCACCACCACCACCACCGCUCCUCCUCCUCCUCCUCCUCGUCAUCAUCAGCAGGAGUUCACAGAGCAGAGGGCGACUGCGACUCGACCCCCGACUUGUGGUAAAAGCUCGCCAAACACUUGGACUCCCGGCAGCAACAGAGACGCGGGAGAAGCCCAGUAAGAAGAAAAAAACAAACCACACAUUGUUUCACUGCUUUGCACAGAAGAAUCCGCAGGACUGAUGUGGAUUCUCUUCAUUUUAUGUUGAGGCAACGAGAGGACUAACAAACUCGUGUCAUUUCAUUGGCCAGUUUGCUUUAAACGUUCAUACUGUGGCCAAAUGUUUUUAUAUCAGAUAAUGAAAGCGUUGGUUUCCUGUGCAAAGACUGUGACGGUUAACGCGACAGGAUGUAGCUGAGAUGUUCUGAAAGCAGGUAGACCUGGAAGCUGCCAUGAACUGAACAUGAGGUUUCGUUAAACCACAUAUUUUGUCAGAUUAGAGUCAUUGGAUUACCAGCAGAUCCUUCACCUCUGUGUCACUCCACGGGCGCUUUCGUAAGCUUUUAAAUGGGAGUUUCUUUCUUUACUUCAAAAACAAAAGGGUCAUUGAGGCAAAGCGGAUCAUUUCUAUGAUCUACAAGUUCACCAUGAGUUCAACCUUCGCGUUUACUUUGACUGUUGAGCGCAGUCGCUUUGAAGGAGGGGAGUUUUUCAGAGCGCGUGGAGGAGGAAACGCGACACUGUCCGACAAUUGCACUUGUUUAGUUGUGUGUUGUUUUUCCUGUGUUCUCUAUCUACAGAGCGUCAGGAUAUGGUGUAGAACAGUGUUUCAAUGUAAGAUUUCAACCUUCAGAUACAUGAAGUUACAGCAGCCUGAGCAGGUCUGCAUCUGCUGUUUCACCAUGAUGGAACUUCUGCUUUCAGUUUCCUUUACGACAUAUUUGAAACCCGAAUUACAGACGUCAACUCACAAAUUGUCUCCAAGAGAUGUUUGGGAAACGUGUUAUUUGAAAUAAAUACUCAGAACCCCCUGCGACCCACGUGUGGGUCUCGACCCCAGUGUUUAGGAAAGCAGAAAAAUAUUCUGGCCUUUUUAAACGUUGUGAGGUUGGGAAACAAAUGUAUAAAUAAAAUAAAAAUGAAUUGAUUUAAGCUUCAGAGAGGCUGAAGAACACUAGUUUACUGUUUUUAUACGAAUGUUAGAGCACUUACAAUAAAAUGAUUGCUUAAAUGAAGGCCUUUUUAAACCAGCAGUGUCACAGUGUGGUUUUGGUGUAACGUUAAUAGAUUUCUCUCUUUAUUUGACAGAGAAACUACAGUUUUAGUUGCUACGCUCAGACUACAAUUAACUAAAUUAGAUUUUAGAUUAGAUUUUUAUUAUUGUGUUGAAAGAAAUAUUUUGUCAAAACUUUGUCACCAGAACAAAAUGGCGGCAAAUGUAUCUGGCAAAGUUUUUUUUUGCUUUUGCUUAAUUUAUUUUGUACAAUGAGAGGACGUGAAAAUGCAGAAACUAAAUUGAUAAUAAAUAAAAUUAGUUUCAAAGGAAAAUGGAUGAACAAUUCAUUAAAAGGUCCAGGUUGUUUUUAUGUUUGCAUAGAAACGAACAAAAAAAGUUCACAAAAAAGGCUAAUUCUAAAACCAAAUAAUUAUUAUUUUUAACACGAUUACACAUUUAUACAAACAUUAAUGUUACACUCUGGACCUUAAGGCCUUUUUUGGACAAUGCAAACCUUUCAUAGACCACUAGAGGGAACUUUACAGCACCCCCUAACUCCACAUUAUCGUCGCUGUUGAAACUUUUUACUUUUUUUUUAACGUUUUCUGUGAAAAAUCAUAACCACUGUUUCACUAAACCCGUCUUAUCUUAUGGAGGCAAGCGUAAGAAAGAAGAAAAAAAAAAGAACAUUUUUGUACGUGACUUUUUGCUACGGUCGCUAUCGUUGUGACGCAGUUUUUUUCCGACAAUCAGAUUCACCGCUGAAGGUCAACAAAGGUCAUGAACCACACUGUGGACUCUGAAAACUAUCCUGUCUGCUUCUCCUCACGCUGUCAUCACCGUGUUCAGAACAUUCAAAAAACAAAACUUUCACACCGGCUUUGUUAUAAUAAACAUGUAAAGGUUUAAGUGUAAUUACUUUUGUCAACUAUGUAAAACAUGCAAAUCAUCACUAACAGUAUAGUCAGUGUCGCCUCCUUUCUUUUAUUCUUUGUUUAAUUCUUUAGUUUAUUACUUUUGUUGAUUGUUGAGUCACUCGUUCUGGUUUGCAACAUAAAAAGAAAAAGAUGUUGUGCAAAUAUGACUGUGGCAGAGUGAAAUGUGGUUUAAAAAAUGCAAAUAAAAAAACUAAAUACUUA